AUGACCUCCACCACCACCACCACCGCAACUUCCACCACCUACACCACCACUCCCAAACCUAGACUCGGACUCUCGAGACCAGCACGCACCGGCCGAGGCCUCAGCGGCAUAGCUACAGCAUCAACCCCGAACCUCAACCAGCUCUACUCGUCCCAGGCGCAGUCCCAGUCCCAACAGCCUCCGUCUCUGUCAUCGCGCCUUGUCCCGCCGGCGCUGUCGCGCAAGGCUUCCUACGCCGCCCUCACCCAAAACUCUCUGGCCACCAUCCCCGAUGAUACCGAAGCCUACGCUCUUCAUUCUGUAUUAAACACCACCGACAACGACACGAUGCCUCUUACCAUCAACCCCGGUACCAUGACCACCGGCGAUGAGAUCACUAUUGGUGACAUCGUCGACGUCCCCGGCAACAUGACCGGUACCGUUCGUUUCAUCGGUUCUGUCGACGGGCGAAAGGGUAUAUUUGCCGGAGUCGAACUUCACCGCGAGUUCGCCUCUCGCGGAAAGAACAGCGGUGAUGUCGAUGGUGUCUCCUACUUCAACACCAGCCUGCCCGGGGCUGGUAUUUUCCUCCCCCUAUCCAAAGCCAUCAAGCGCGAUGCCGGCAGUGGCUCCCUCCCUCGCACGCCCACCGAUCCUGUCCCACCGGGACCCGCCUUGAAGCUCGGAGGCCGUGCGCCAGCUACCCCCUCUCUACGAAAGUUCAGCCAGUCUGUUGGGCCCGGUGCUGUUCGUCCGGAGUCGCCCAUGAGGCGGCUGCAGAUGACACCCGGAUCGCGCCCUUCACUUGCCACACCAGGCCCUCCUGGACGAUUCCCUAGCCCACAGCCUAAUAAGUUUUCUCAGAGCGUUCGCGGAGUGCCUGGAGAUACGGGCAAGCGAUUGCCCUCCCAUACGAGGAAAGGUAGUGUCGGACCUCGUAGUAUCUCCUCCCUCGGCAACGCCCACCAGCCAAACUAUGACGACGAUGAUGCCGCUUCCAUGAGCGGAUACAAUAACGGAGGCGCCACUGCCGGGUCUAUACCAGGAAUGAGGUUCCGCGCCCCAUCGCGGGCGGCCUCGCGCCUUGGCAGUAAUGCCCACGAGGAGGAGCUAGAGAAACUCAGAACUCAGCUUGAAGACCGUGAGAGGCAGCUGAGGGACCAGGCAGCAACACUGGUCGAGAUGGAAAGCAGUCUUACCGAGCUUCAGGCUCUCAUCGAGAGCUCGGAAGGCUCGUUGCGCGAUCGAUCACGACACGAAGAGUUCGAAGACAAGGACGUUGCUCAGCUUCGAGCAUUACUGCAAGAAAAGAACGACAAGAUUGCCCUGCUGACUGCCGAGUUUGACGCACACCGGGCCGACUUCCGGAGCACUAUUGAUACCCUGGAGCUGGCGAGCUCAGAGACCGAAAGGAUCUACGAGAAGAAGAUCGAGGAACUCAUGCAGGAGAUUCAGGAGCUGAGGGAACGAACCGAAGAUGUGGAUGCCGUUGCUAUACAGCUUAAGCAACUGGAAGAGUUGGUUCAGGAGUUGGAGGAGGGCCUCGAAGAUGCCCGUAGAGGGGAGGCCGAGGCCCGCGGCGAGGUUGAAUUUCUCCGUGGAGAGGUAGAAAGGACGCGCACCGAGCUUCGCCGGGAAAGGGAGAAGGCGCAGGCCGCUAUCAACGGCGCAAGCGGCUCCCCGAACGGUGUUCCUCUUACUAAGGAACUGGAACAGAAGGAGGAUGAGAUCAGAGGCCUAAAGGCCAUCAUUCACUCGCUCAGCAGAGAUUCUGCUCCCGAUGACGAUGAUGAUGCCAUGACGCCAAUUGCCAAGACUGGCGAGUCCAUUGAGGAUCGUCUCGCUCGUGAAAAGCUUGAACGGGAGGUUGCCGAGCUUCGCGCCAUGCUCGACAGCAAGGCCAGCCGCGAGGAGGAGCUCGAGCGUGAAAUUGAAAUGCUGCGAAGAGGUAACGCUGCAACCGAGUCGAACCAUCGUUCUAGCACCAUGACGGUGGGCAGCAGCAAGGAACAUAACUCGCAGCGUGAUUCGCGAAGCACUGUGGUGCCUGCCUCCCAGGGUCCUGACAAGACUCUCAGGAGUCGGGGGAUCAACCCUCGAGGCGAUGCCCGAAAGUGA